GCGGGGUCUAGUGGGAGGAGCAGUUGCCCAGCAGCCGCUUGGCGCUUCCUGUUUCCGGUUCCUGGAGUGGGGGACAGCGAAGAUCCUGGGGGAACACUGGCCUCUGACAGGAGCUCUGGCACUGGGGUUCGCGGCUGGCCUCUUGCUGGCCGCGUCUCCCUACCUCAGAAAAUUAUUCAUCCGCGGGUUUUGCGCUUUGGCUACGCCAUUCUCCCGUGACACAAUGUUCCCCUUCUUUAGCUGCUGGAGGACUGGACUGCUAUUGCUGCUACUCUUGGCUGUGGCAGUGAAAGAAUCUUGGCAGACAGAAGAAAAAACUUGUGACCUGGUAGGAGAUAAGGGUAAAGAGUCAGAGAAAGAACUGGCUCUGGUGACAAGGCUGAAACCCCUGUUUAAUAAAAGUUUUGAGAGUACUGUGGGCCAAGGCUCAGAAACUUAUAUCUACAUAUUCAGAGUGUGCAGGGAAGCUGGCAACCACACCUCUGGGGCAGGCCUGGUGCAGAUCAACAAAAGUAAUGGGAAGGAGACAGUAGUAGGGAGACUCAAUGAGACUCACAUCUUCAAUGGAAGUAAUUGGAUUAUGCUGAUUUAUAAAGGGGGUGAUGAAUACGACAACCACUGUGGCAAGGAGCAGCGUCGAGCAGUGGUGAUGAUCUCCUGUAAUCGACAUACCCUGGCGGACAAUUUUAACCCAGUGUCUGAGGAGCGAGGCAAAGUCCAAGAUUGUUUCUACCUCUUUGAGAUGGAUAGCAGCCUAGCCUGUUCCCCAGAGGUCUCCCACCUCAGUGUGGGUUCUAUCUUACUUGUCACGUUUGCAUCACUGGUUUCUGUCUAUAUCAUCGGGGGUUUCUUAUACCAGCGACUAGUAGUAGGAGCCAAAGGAAUGGAGCAGUUUCCUCACUUAGCCUUCUGGCAGGAUCUUGGCAACCUGGUGGCAGAUGGUUGUGAUUUUGUGUGCCGUUCUAAACCCCGCAACGUUCCUGCUGCAUAUCGUGGUGUGGGGGAUGACCAGCUAGGGGAGGAGUCAGAAGAAAGGGAUGAUCAUUUAUUACCAAUGUGAUUGCACUUUAAAUUUCCAGCCUCUUCUUCAGUCCCCCAAACCAAAGCAUACUCAAGCCAGAUUUCUCAAGCAGUCUCCACUAGUCUCAUCUUGCCCUUAAUGCUGUUCCUGCUUUCCAGUUUUUGAUUUGCAUCCUCUUCUCACUAAAACUGCUUUCCCUUUGCUUCCUGUUUUGCUCUUCUCUAGAAAGGUACAGUUCUAGGACAGAGAUUAUAUAACAGGACUGUGAAAGCAGAGGCUACUGUACUAUCUCUUGCUAUCAGAAGAUACAAGUAGGACAGUUAAAAGUGGACAAAAGGGUCAUUGGCCCCAUCCUUUAGAACAUAUUUCCUAAGUUUUUGAGACACUGGAUUCCUCUAAUUACAAAAAAAAAGCAUACAUUUAUUUAUUCAUUUGACUGUUUUCAUGCUAUU